GGGUACGACCCGACUGAACAGGUUGAAAAACCAAGAGUGAUCCUUUCAGUUCUGCAAUGACUUCUAGGAAAAUGUCAGGGUACUCACAGAAAGAUGGUUCCAUUGGAAUAGCUGACUAUGUGGUGUUUGUCCUAAUGCUGGUGGUAUCUGCAGGCAUCGGGGCCUAUUAUGCAUGGGUGGACAGAAGCAAGAAAAGUUCUGGGCACUAUUUAACUGCUGGCAGCAAACUAACUGCCCUGCCUGUGUCUAUGUCCCUGACCGUCAGCAUCAUGUCAUCUAUCACAGUGUUGUCUAACCCAGCCGAGGUGUACCGCUUUGGAGCCAUUUAUGGACUCAUUGGCAUUGCCUAUGUACUUUCAAUAGUGAUCACAUCUGAGAUCUUUCUUCCAGUCUUCUACAGACUGGGCAUCACCAGCAUCUAUGAAUACCUAGAGCUGCGUUUUAAUAGAACAACCCGCCUGCUGGGAACUGUGAUCUUCAUUUUUCAGUCAACCCUCUAUGCCGGAGUCUGUAUUUAUGGCCCAGCUUUAGCUUUAAACCGAGUUAUAGGUAUGGAUAUAUGGGCUGGAAUUACUUUAACAGCCUGUGUUUGUACUUUUUACUGCACGCUGGGUGGGCUAAAGGCAGUGGUAUGGACCGAUGUAUUCCAGAUUGGAAUAAUGCUCUCAGGCUUCCUGGCAGUUAUAAUCAAAGCUGUGAUCGUACAAGGUGGAGUCUCCACCAUCAUUUCAGAUGCACAACAAGGUGGAAGACUCAACUUUUGGGACUUUGACAUAAACCCUCUGAGGAGACACACUUUUUGGACCUUACUUGUUGGAGGUACGGCGGUCUGGAGUACUGUGCAUGGGGUCAUUCCAGCUUCAGUUCAGAGAUAUAUCGCCUGCAAGAACAUCACUCACGCCAGAAUAGCCGUUUUCAUCAACUUGUUAGGUCUUUGCUCUUUCCUGGCAUGUGUGGUGUUUGCUGGACUGUGCCUCUACUCAGUCUAUAAAAGCUGUGACCCACUGAUGGCUGGUCUGGUUUCUUCUCAUGAUCAGCUGAUACCAAAUCUGGUCAUGGAAAUCUUAAAAGACAAUCCUGGUCUUCCUGGACUUUUCUUUGCUGCUGUUUACAGCGGUUCUCUAAGCACAGUUUCCUCCUCCAUCAAUGUACUGGCUGCAGUCACUGUAGAAGACCUGAUCAAACCAUUCACCAAAAUAUCUGAAAAACAUCUGCUCUUUAUCUCCAAAGGGCUGAGCUUAUUUUAUGGGAUUGCCUGCCUUGCCAUGGCAGGACUGGCAACAAUCAUGGGAGAGAUGAUGCAGGCAGCUACAGUUAUUGGUGGAGUGACUGGAGGACCUUUAUUAGGCCUCUUCUCUUUGGGUAUACUCUGUCCAUUUGCCAACUCCAAAGGUGGUUUGUCUGGUCUUGUGUCAGGGUUAGUUGUGAGCUUGUGUGUUAGCAUUGGAGAAAUGAUAUGCCCCUCUCCUCCUGAGAUGACCCGACCACUUCCAUUGACCACGGAGGGUUGUAACUUCACCAUUGCUGGCGGCCGCAACUGGAGUUCAACUGCUGUACCAACAGAGCACAGCUUAUUUAUCACAGCCCCAGUGCAGAACAGUGAGGACAUGCAUUCACUGGAUGGUAAAUGGCACUUUCCCUCUUACCUUUAUAUCUGUCUCAUUGGAGCUGUGAUUGCUCUGACUGUGGGAAUGACAGUCAGCCUCUUGACGGGAGGCAGGAGGGAAAAUGUGGAACCAAGACUUCUUUUAAAGAAGGAAGACUCAGCUUUCUAUAACCUUUUGAAGUCCCUUUAAGACAAUGGUAAGAGAAAAUCAACGAAAUGUGACCUGACAUUACAAGAAGUUGGCAGAACAAAUCCGGCUUUCUGCAAUACAGAGGAAUGACAAAAAUGAGCUUCUUUUAAUCCAGCUAUGGUGUGAUAAGUAGGCUUGCUUUUAUUAACUUUGUUCAUUUCCAAGUAACUAAUAAAUCCAAGAUAUUUCAUGUUUUGUCUCAUCAUCUUUA